AUUUCGUGCGCAAUUGAAUUUCAAUUUGCCCCAACUUAAUAUCUCCCCCUUUCGGCAUCUCAAAUCUUACACAUCUCUCUCGCUCCCCUUCCUAUUUUCCCUUUCUCUCUCUCAACCCUAGCCCUAGCUCGGCGACCAGUUGCAGGAUUCAACAUGAAGGGAGGUAAAUCCAAGUCGGAUGCUAAGAGCUCCAAGCUUUCCGUGAAUAAGAAACCAACUACGAAAGGUGGAAGGAAAUCAACGAAGGCAGCUAAGGAUCCAAACAAGCCAAAGAGGCCUGCCAGUGCCUUCUUCGUUUUCAUGGAGGAGUUCCGUGAGCAGUACAAGAAGGAUCACCCUAAAAACAAAUCCGUUGCUGCUGUUGGCAAAGCUGGUGGAGAUAAAUGGAAGAGCAUGUCUGAAACUGAAAAACGACCUUAUGUUGAAAAGGCAGAGAAGCGAAAGGCUGAGUAUGAAAAGAACAUGAAAGCCUACAAUAAGAGACAGGCUGAGGGUCCCAAAGAUGAUGAUAUGGAGUCUGAGAAGUCUGUGUCUGAGGUGAAUGAUGAUGAUGACGGCGACGAUGAAGAAGGCAGCGGAGAGGAAGAUGAUGAUGAGUAGGAAGAUCCAGGGAAGAUAGAAUAAUCAACUUAGGCUGUCAUAGUGUUUGAUCAUCUUAUGUUAAUGCUUUUGAUGUUUACAUGUUAUUCUUUUAGAUGCACAAGUCAUCUAAAGGGAAAAUGUACCUCUGAUUCCUGUUGGUUUCUUUUGACCUUCAGAAAUUAAUAGUUUAGAUGGGAGCUUUGUUGUUAUAUGUACUUUUCAUUUGAAGUUGAAUGGCUUAGGUAAAUCCUUUGAAGUGAA